AUGAGUCAACUCGGUCUCAUUUUACAGGAUUCGCUCCGUCCAGAGAGAGAAGCAAGAACCAUCCUGGGUCUGUUAACGGACCAAAUGGAUUCCGUCGAUGGAGCUCAACGGAGGAGACGGACGCUCAAAGAACGUCUUCGAUUCGCCGGAAUCGGCUGUUGUGGGGCCACCUGGGUUUUCCGACCAACCCUCAGGGACGAAGGAGGAACACAACCACCACCACCACAACAACAACAACAAACAAACCGGGUUCAAGAUCCGAACCCGAACAGAGCCGAAUGCGAGGGCCCGAGCGGGUCGGGUUCGGGCAUGAAUCUUGCGGCGGCGCUAGCGGCGGAACGGCAGUUUCGGGAAUCUGAAGAGGGGAGGGUGUCGUUGAUGCGGCUGUUGGAGGAGACGGAGGGUGGUGGUGGGGAUGGAGCGGUGGGGAAUGAUUCGGUGUGCUGCGUGUGCAUGGGAAGGAAGAAAGGCGCGGCAUUUAUCCCGUGUGGGCACACUUUCUGUAGGGUUUGUUCGAGAGAAAUGUGGUCGAACAGAGGUACCUGUCCCCUUUGUAACCGUUCCAUUCUCGACAUUCUCCACAUCUUCUGA